GACGUCUUAUAAUAAAACUGCACGUUAAUGAAUACAAACUAUAUGAAUUUAUGCAAGACUGUAUUUUGUUUCGCUUUUGCUUUCUCUCUUUUGUUUAUAACCACCACUUUGCCAGCUGACUGUCAAACAGGCCGACCCAGUAAAAUGCCAACCAAGGAGAACGACGUCUGAUAGCAGAAAUCCCCUCUGGCCCAUAAAGGCUGCGGGAUGUUGGCGGCUGGAGGCGUCUGAGGCAGAGCUGCGUUUAGGGGAAACAGGACGCCUCUUCAGGAGAAAUGGCAGCCCCGUCGGCCGAUCGUCCUGUGAGAAUAACCAUUGGAACCGUGUGGAAUUUGCAAAUACAGCCUCAACCCCGGAGACUCCCAAGACUAUCAGUUGCAGCCGUGAUCAUAGGGGCCGUCCUGCUAGUUACCCGAAUAACUUUUGGCGCUGUGUACUUCAGGGACUGUCCCCAGCAGCCCAACAUCCCCAUCUACCUGCUGGGGCUGGCUCUGGUCUCCCUUCUGUCCGUCUUGUUUGUGACCCUACCUUGUGAAAGCGAGGCGGCGCCAUCCCGGAGACAUCCCAAAGGCCUCAAAGCAUGUCUGAUGUUUCUUAUGAGCGUUUUUAUCCUCAUCUGGAUCCUGCUUGGUGAUGUGUGGGUUUUCUCCAUCUAUCAGCCAAACUAUGACCCAUCAGCGGUCGACGGCCUUUACUGUAACAGGACCCUGUACACCUUUGCUUUCUGGAAUGCCAUCUUAGAGACUUUUAGCCUUGGAGUGGAAUUGGCCAAAUUCUGCAAAGGCAUGCUGGUUUACGUGGUCCUGAGUCCCAUACCAGCAAACACAAACCUCCACGGGCACGUCUGAGCUGUUCAAAUGAUCCCAUAUGAGGCAUGUUUACUAUAAAAUUAUGGAGAAAGAAAACCACGAUGUGUAGCAAAAUAUUUAUGAGCUCUCGGUAAACAUAACCGGCCUUCAUCUUUAAUAAAGCAACAAAGCAGAAGCCCAUCCUGUCUGAUAUUAUUGUUAUAAUAGAUUACAUUAAUUGAAAGUCUCAGGGCAAACAAAUGGCCUCUUAAUGAAAAAAACUCAGUCAGGAACUUUGAACUUUGACCGGAGUUUCUUCUUUGUUGUGAAGUCUUUUUGUAAAUAUUUUUAUUUCAAUCUUGGGUAUCUUGUAAUGUUUAAAGAAGAUCUUCCACAUCUUUUCCCUCAUAUAAUUAAGCACUUUAAAAAACAUUUCUGUCAAAAAAUAAAUAAAUGACCCUGUAUAUAAAUGCAAUUAAAGAAUAGUGUCUAUAUCAUUCGUGUCAUCAAUGCUCUAGUUAUUUCUUAUUAUUCAAUUUGUCUAUUCAUUCAUUUGUUUGUCUAUUUGAAUUAAAAUACUCAUAAACAGAGAGUUUGGUUUGUUUCUUGACUCUAAAUAGGUGUAAAA